CUGACACGCCACGACUCCAAGUUAUUCCCGCUCUAUUUUGGAAUCAGAGACUGCACGCCGCUACUAUACUUUAAUCAUAAACAUCCGAUGUCAUGCAGCGAGUCAUUCCUGAUGGUAAUGUUUCGACAUCGUGAGAAAAUAAGAUUGUCAUCCGACCCGUCAUCUCAAAUGUCAUUCAAUCCAAACAAGUAAAUUCGUGCGCAUCGAGUAGCCUAUAUAACAAGCCAAAAAUCGAAAGUUUUUUCAAAUGAAUUCCUACUGUCACAUCUAACAUCUUAACCCAAAUUUCUCCGAAGCAACUGUAUUUUGCCAUUCUAUGUUAGAGAUGAGGAUUUUUCUGCCAUGGCAACUGGUGGUUGCGUUUACUCUUUUUCUGGAUGCUUCUUCAGAAUCUGAGUUGCCUAUUCCUUCAACCGAUCCCACCUUAUCCGCGACAUCUGUUGAUAAACCACUGCCGACUAAAUUUUCCUCCAUGCAGUACGGUUCCGCUUGUAUCAAUAUCUACGACAGUCGAACAACUUUAAACAACAAGAUCAUCUUUUUCUACUCGCCGAUUGCUCAACUGAAUCACAAAGAUACCGUGUUUUUCUUUAAUCAAACGGCCAAUCAGGGAUUAAUCAGUUUGAGUUAUUCAAUAUGGAAUGAAGUUGUUGGAAUCAAAGUAUCCCGUCACCUUACUCAAGCCCUAAACCAAGAAGUUGAGCCGAAUCAAGUGAAAGUUUUUCCUUUCGACAGCGUCUGGUUGACUAGCAUAGCGCAAUCAUCUGGUGAUUUCUCAUUGACUAAUGAGCGACUCACAUAUAAGGAUGAGCAGUCACUCCGGUUUAGUUUAACCUGCCUGACAUACGAAGAUUGCGAUCAAGUGAAGGCUAAAAUUCGUAGUAAUCCGGAGCAGUUUGAAAAUUUGAAACUUUAUUUCAGUCCUCAAUGGAACGAUAAUUACUGUUUCUCCGAUGGGGUUGAAAUAUCUCAAGAAGACGAAUUGUCUAUCAAACUUGAAGAAUUGGAAAAACGUUUGGAAGAAACCAAAUUGAAUUUCAUCAAGGAACUAACAAAGACAACUCAACGUAUGAAAUCAGAGACAACACUGACGGUUGAGUCAUUAUCAUCGAUUAUUGUGGGAAAGUCAGAAAUUUUUCAAGAAUCAAUUAAUGCAUCAUAUGUCGCCAUGGAGAUUUUGAAAACGGAACAAAAAGAAACCAAAAAGGAUUUAGCAGCAAUUUCACAGAUGUUAGCAAAUAAAAUGAAUAUCACGGAAGAAAAUCUAACAGUGACUUUUGCGAAUUUGGAAGCUACCAGAAACGAGUUAACCCAAACGAAGACCACCGUUGAGGAAUUGUCUGCGAAAUUAAAGGGUAAUUCAGAAAUUUUGCAAAAAUCUGUGAAUGCAUCUCAAGUCGCCGUGGAGAAUUUGAAAACGGACCAAAAAGAAACCAAAAGCGAUUUAGCAGCGAUUUCACAGUUAUUAGCAAUUAAAAUGAAUGUCACUGAAGAAAAUCUAGCAGUGACUUUUGCGAAUUUGGAAGCAACCAGAAACGAAUUAACCCAAACGAAGACCACCGUCGAUGAAUUGUCUGCAAAAUUAAAGGGGACUAAGCAGGAACUGGAGCAAACGAAGAACGAUUUAAUCAAAUCCGUCGAUGAUUUGUCAACAAAAUUAAAUUCGACUAAAAAGGAAUUGGGAGGAAUGAAGAUCAUCGACGAAAAUUUUUCAACUGAACUCAAAGUGACUAAGCAGAAGUUGGAAGAAACAAAGUUGGAGAAAACGAGGGACGAUUUAACCAACUCCGUCAACUAUGUUGCUACAAAAUUAAACUCGGUUGAAAAAAAAUUGGCUGGAAUGAAGAUCAUCGACGAAAAUUUUUCAACUCAACUCGAAGCAAAUUCACGGCGGUUAAGCUACGAAUUAAAAGUCGCCGAAGAAAAUAUGAGACAAGAACUUAGAGCAACUUCGAAUCAUUUGGAAUCCACUACUACAAAUUUGAACAGAGCGAGAACAGAAUUGAGUAGCACGAAUGCUGUCGUUUCCGAUUUGACCACUAAAUUAAACGCUAGAACGAGUGAAAUAGUCGAUAUUGGUAAAAUGCCAACCUCGUGUUCAGAUCUGAAGCGAAUGGGACAUAAACUAAGCGGAUUCUUUUCUGUAAAAGGAUCGAAAAAGUUAGAAACAGUUUUCUGUGAUUUUUAUCCUAAUCAAAAUGGCAAAGAAAGAUGGAUUGGUUACGUCGACGUCAAAUCAGCGCCUGUUCAUUUCUUCGUCCAGAAAAAUUCUUCAUUUGUCCAAAAGGACAAGCCAAUUCCGUUCGAACUUUCGGUAUUGAACGUGGGAGAUGCCAUGAAUUUGACAUCCGGCAUAUUCACGGCACCACGAAAGGGAAUUUAUUACUUCUCUUUCACGGGAAAUGCGGGAUUUCCAGCUUCAUCUUCAGAUGUGUUUACAGAUGACUCCAAAAAGUGGCGAUCUUCCGUUUAUUUAAGAGUUCGUCUUUACUUCAACGGAACUAAAAUGGGGGUGGGUAAUGUUCAAGAAGCUAACACCGUCGCCGGUCAGCAUAGUCCGUUUGUCGUCCAGUCGACACUGGAAUUAAAUUCAGGCGAUCGCGUCUGGUUACAGAUGGAUGGUAUGUCCCCAGGAGCGGUGUUGCAUGAAGACAAAGAUUUCAAAUUCAAUCACUUCACUGGUUUUAUUUUGGAAGAGGAAAUUGUGGCAUCCCUUUGAGCAUUUGUGUUGAGAGAUCAUCCAAAAUGCGCAAAACGAUUGUCGACUGACUUAUACGUGUACUUUUUUAUGGGAUAAUAUAAGGGAAAUUUAAAAAAAAUCAUU